AUGAUUGAUAAAACUAUUGAAGGACCAUCCAAGAUUCUUAGUAAAAAGUGGAAACAGUACGAUUUCGACAUUCACAGACAAAAAGUUAUUGAAAUAAAGCCACUAGUAAAUGUAAGCUAAGCUCCUAUGAAAAUAAACAAGAGCAAAGUUGAAUAGAUGUAAGAGGAUAAAUGUACGGAAAUCGAGAGAGCAAAUAGAAUUCUCUAUGAAAAAAUUACCAAAAUAAAAAUGAAAUUUCCUCAAACUGGUUUGAAUCAGACUUAAAGCGAUGGCUAUAGUUUUAUAGGGCUAGCUGGUGCAAAUUUCAAAAAGAGUUCGCCAUUAAAUAUGCACGAUAUAAAAUAGAGAUAAAGAGAAAGGGAAUAAAGGGAUUUGAUGAAGGAAAAUAUUAAACUUCUUGAGCGUUUGCGUAACAGCAAGGCGACAGUUGAUUAGGUUUAGUUUUAAGAUUUUGAAGAUAAACAUUAGAACUACUUGAAAAAUAUUAUUGAGGGACCUUAGUAAUUCAACUCAGGCAGGUCAAGUUCAGUUGUCAAGCAAAAAGAGUUUCUUAAGAAUUCUACCUCAAAUGUUAGAACAUAUGGAGUCUCCCCGAAUCUCCAAAACUAUACAUAAAAUAUAAACAAAGAUUUCAGCUCAGGAUUGAAAUUUCCAUAGACUUCCUUGCCUAUUACAGGAAAAGUAAAUGAAUCCUAUGGAGGUUAAAGUCUAAAAACUAGUGAUAACGAAUAUGAUGGUUAUGAUUAACACUCAAUUGAGCAACCUAAAAAUGGAAGUUAUGGAUUAGUAAAUCCUAAAAUGACUUAAAGAAGAUUUUAAACUAGACCUAAGCCAAGAAAAUCUAAAGAGAUGAACGGUACAUUUUUUGGUCCAAAGGGAUCUUAUCAGUAUGGCUAAGAAAUUGAAUUGUAUAAAACAAAAUUAUAUGUAGAGGAGAUUGAGGCAGCAAUAAGCAUUAAGCUAGUAAGAGCUGAAAAUAAAGUAUAUAUAAGAUCAUUGAACCCAACUGUCAGAAAUGGGAAAUAAGAAAUAGAAAUUCAUUUGAAAUAAUUUACACAUUACAUGAUGGACUUUGAGAAUAAUUUUGAGGAGUUCGUCUAAAACACCAUUGAAUAUAAAAACGGCCGCAUUAUUAUAAGAGAUCUAAACAAAAAGCGAUAUUGUUCUGUUAAUUUAUAGAAUCUGAAUGCUUCUCUCGAACAGCAGGAAGUGAUACAUAAACACUUUGUACUAACUCCUAAGUAGAUUGUUAAGAAAGAAAAAGGGGGAGAAGGUCCAAUAUAGAUAGUUGAGUCCUCAUUUGAAGCACUUGACAAGUUCAAAGACGAAUAAGACUUCACCUUUUAAAGAUAGGAUCCUAAGGUAAGCAGCGCUAUCGUGGAAUCUUAGAAAUUCAAGGAAAUUGACAUAUGA